CACUUCCUCCUUGACUAGAAUAUUUUUAUCAGGAUUUCAUGUCUUACUGCCUGGUCCAGCCUAGACUGUGGAUAUCCACAGGUUCCGGCAAUAGUUUACAGGUGCAUUGGCUCUUUUCUGUUUUUGUUUGGGAGGAAGAGGGAGGACCAGGGCUAUACAAGCCAGGCUUCAUAUUCUUACAAGUGCAGGCUUAGAAAAUACUGUACUUACAGUGAGUCUAACAUCGUUUCAGAAAAGGAGAAAGCUCCAGAGCCUCAACCAUGAAGGCAUCCAGUGAGUAUUUGGUGGCCUAGGGUAUGGAGUUGGAGCACCAUGACCAGCCGGUGGUUCUGAGGGAGGACAACCACCGCAGGCGCCGGAGGAUGAAGCCCCGUGGAGCGGCGGCCAGCCUGUCCUCCAUGGAGCUCAUCCCCAUCGAGUUCGUGCUGCCCACCAGCCAGCGCCACAGCAAGACCCCCGAGACGGCGCUGCUGCACGUGGCCGGCCGCGGCACCGUGGCGCAGAUGAAGGCCCAGCUGUGGCUGCGCGCGCUGGAGACCAGCGUGGCCGCCGACUUCUACCACCGGCUGGGCCCCGAUCGCUUCCUCCUGCUCUACCAGAAGAAGGGCCAGUGGUACGAGAUCUACGACAAGUGCCAAGUGGUGCAGACCCUGGACUGCCUGUGCCACUGGAAGGGUCUGCGUCGGAGCCCCGGGCAGAUCCACGUGGUGCCGCGGCAUGCGCCCUCGGAGGAGACGCUGGCCUUCCAGCGCCAGCUCACCGCCCUCAUCGGCUACGACGUCACCGACGUCACCAACGUGCACGACGACGAGCUGGAGUUCACGCGCCGCCGCCUGCUCACCCCGCGCAUGGCCGAGGUGGCGGGCCGCGACGCCAGGCUCUACGCCAUGCACCCCUGGGUGACCUCCAAACCCCUCCCCGAGUACCUGUGGAAGAAGAUCGCCAACAACUGCAUCUUCAUCGUCAUCCACCGCAGCACCACCAGCCAGACCAUCAAGGUGUCGGCCGACGACACCCCGGGCUGCAUCCUCCGCAGCUUCUUCACGAAGAUGGCCAAAAAGAAAUCGCUGAUGGAUAUCCCCGAAAGCCAGAACGAACAGGAUUUCGUCCUGCGCGUCUGCGGCCGGGAUGAGUACCUGGUGGGCGAAACGCCCAUCAAAAACUUCCAGUGGGUGAGGCACUGCCUCAAGAUGGGAGAAGAGAUCCACCUGGUCCUGGACACGCCUCCCGACCCAGCCCGGGACCAGGUGAGGGAGGAGGAGUGGCCGCUGGUGGAUGACUGCACGGGGGUCACCGGCUACCACGAGCAGCUGACCAUCCACGGCAAGGACCACGAGAGUGUGUUCACCGUGUCCCUGUGGGACUGUGACCGCAGGUUCCGGGUCAAGAUCCGAGGCAUUGAUAUCCCGGUCCUACCGCGCAACGCCGAGCUCACGGUCUUCGUGGAGGCCAACAUUCAGCACGGGCAGCAAGUCCUCUGCCAGCAGCGCACCAGCCCCAAGCCCUUCACCGAGGAAGUGCUCUGGAAUGCCUGGCUCGAGUUCCGGAUCCGAAUCAAAGACUUGCCCAGGGGAGCGCUCCUGAACCUCCAGCUCUACUGCGGCAAGGCGCCCGCGCUUUCCGCCAAGGCCGAGUCUCCCGGGGCCGAGUCCAGGGGCCGAGUCCAGCUCCUCUACUACGUGAACCUGCUGCUGAUCGACCACCGCGGCCUCCUGCGCCACGGCGAGUACGUGCUCCACAUGUGGCAGAUCUCCGCCAAGGGGGAAGACCAAGGGAGCUUCAACGCGGACAAGCUCACCUCAGCAACCAACCCAGACAAAGAGAACUCCAUGUCCAUCUCCAUUCUUCUGGAUAAUUACUGCCACCCCAUAGCCUUGCCUAAGCACUGCCCCACUCCUGACCCCGAAGGGGACCGGGUUCGAGCUGAAAUGCCCAACCAGCUUCGCAAGCAACUGGAGGCCAUCAUAGCCACGGAUCCACUGAACCCCCUCACUGCAGAAGACAAAGAGUUGCUCUGGCAUUUUAGAUACGAGAGCCUGAAGCAUCCAAAAGCAUAUCCCAAGUUAUUUAGCUCAGUGAAAUGGGGACAGCAAGAAAUGGUGGCCAAAACCUACCAACUAUUAACCCGAAAGGAGAUCUGGGACCAAAGUGCUUUGGAUGUAGGGUUAACGAUGCAACUCCUGGACUGCAACUUUUCGGAUGAAAAUGUCAGAGCCAUUGCGGUCCAGAAACUGGAGGGCCUGGAGGAUGAUGAUGUUUUGCAUUACCUUCUACAGCUGGUGCAGGCUGUGAAGUUUGAACCAUACCAUGACAGCGCCCUUGCCCGAUUCCUACUAAAGCGUGGCUUAAGAAACAAAAGAAUUGGUCACUUCUUGUUUUGGUUCUUAAGAAGUGAGAUAGCCCAGUCUAGACACUAUCAGCAGCGGUUCGCGGUGAUCCUGGAGGCCUACCUGCGGGGCUGUGGCACUGCCAUGCUCCAGGACUUCACCCAACAGGUCCAAGUGAUAGAGAUGUUACAAAAAGUCACCAUUGACAUCAAGUCUCUCUCCGCUGACAAGUACGAUGUCAGCUCCCAAGUUAUUUCACAGCUUAAGCAAAAGCUUGAAAACCUGCAGAAUUCCAAUCUCCCACAAAGCUUCCGAGUGCCCUACGAUCCUGGACUGAAAGCUGGCGCCCUGGUGAUUGAAAAAUGCAAAGUGAUGGCCUCCAAGAAGAAGCCCCUAUGGCUAGAAUUUAAGUGCGCUGACCCUACAGCCCUGUCAAAUGAGACCAUUGGGAUUAUCUUUAAACAUGGUGAUGAUCUGCGUCAAGACAUGCUCAUUUUACAGAUUCUACGCAUCAUGGAGUCCAUUUGGGAGACUGAAUCUCUGGAUCUGAGCCUCUUGCCAUAUGGUUGCAUUUCAACUGGUGACAAAAUAGGAAUGAUCGAGAUUGUCAAAGAUGCCACAACAAUUGCCAAAAUUCAGCAGAGCACAGUGGGCAACACAGGUGCCUUUAAAGAUGAAGUCCUGAACCACUGGCUCAAAGAAAAAUGCCCCAUUGAAGAGAAGUUUCAGGCAGCUGUGGAGAGAUUUGUCUAUUCCUGUGCUGGCUACUGUGUGGCCACUUUUGUUCUUGGAAUAGGCGACAGACACAAUGACAAUAUUAUGAUCUCAGAAACAGGAAACCUAUUCCAUAUUGACUUUGGACAUAUUCUGGGGAAUUACAAAAGUUUCCUGGGCAUUAAUAAGGAAAGAGUGCCAUUUGUGCUGACUCCAGACUUUCUGUUUGUGAUGGGGACAUCUGGAAAGAAGACAAGCCCACACUUCCAGAAAUUUCAGGAUGUCUGUGUCAAGGCUUACCUGGCCCUUCGCCAUCACACUAACUUAUUGAUCAUCCUGUUUUCCAUGAUGCUGAUGACCGGAAUGCCCCAGUUAACCAGCAAAGAAGAUAUUGAAUAUAUCCGGGGUGCCCUGACAGUGGGGAAAAAUGAAGAGGAUGCUAAAAAGUAUUUCCUUGAUCAGAUAGAAGUUUGCAGAGACAAAGGAUGGACUGUGCAAUUUAACUGGUUCCUACAUCUUGUUCUUGGUAUCAAACAAGGAGAGAAACACUCAGCCUAAUACUUGGGACUAGUUCAAAACAAAACAAAACUUAAAACCAUACUGUUCUCCAGCUUACAAAUCAAUAUGUCAGUCAUCAGAUGUAGAUUUAAACAUGUAAUAGGACAUGGUGGAAUUUUUUUUCUUUUCUUGUGCUGGUACUGGGAAUUGAAUGCAAGACCUCACA